GCGCCACACGGGAGGGAGCCGGAGCCGAGCCCUCCCGCCGCCGCCGCCGCCGCCGCCGCCAUGGGCCAGAACGACCUGAUGGGCACCGCCGAGGACUUCGCGGACCAGUUUCUUCGAGUCACAAAGCAGUACCUCCCACAUGUGGCACGCCUGUGUCUUAUUAGCACCUUCCUGGAAGAUGGCAUCCGAAUGUGGUUCCAGUGGAGUGAACAGAGAGACUAUAUUGAUGCAACCUGGAACUGUGGCUAUAUCCUCGCCUCCAUCUUUGUGUUCCUAAACUUGCUUGGGCAGUUGACUGGCUGUAUCUUGGUAUUGAGCAGAAACUUUGUACAGUAUGCCUGCUUUGGACUCUUUGGAAUUAUAGCAUUACAGACAAUUGCAUACAGCAUUUUAUGGGAUCUCAAAUUUUUGAUGAGGAACCUGGCCUUAGGAGGAGGAUUGCUGCUGCUCUUGGCUGAGUCCCGAUCCGAAGGGAAGAGCAUGUUUGCGGGCGUCCCCACCAUGCGAGAGAGCUCACCCAAACAGUACAUGCAACUUGGUGGGAGGGUGUUGCUGGUCCUGAUGUUCAUGACCCUUCUUCACUUUGAUGCCAGCUUCUUUUCUAUUCUUCAGAACAUCGUGGGCACUGGUUUGAUCAUUUUAGUGGCCAUUGGUUUCAAAACCAAGCUAGCUGCCUUGACUCUGGUCAUCUGGUUGUUUGGCAUCAAUGUCUAUUUCAACGCUUUCUGGACCGUCCCAGUGUAUAAGCCCAUGCAUGACUUCCUCAAGUAUGACUUCUUCCAAACCAUGUCAGUGAUUGGAGGCUUGCUUCUUGUGGUUGCCUUGGGCCCUGGUGGUGUCUCCAUGGAUGAGAAGAAGAAGGAGUGGUAACAGCCCCCCAUGUCCCUGCCCUGUGAAAAACCAGUGGCUAUCAAGGACAGUGUGGAUUCAACAAAACUGCCAGCAUUUGCGUACCUGACUCCCUUCCCCUGGUAAAGGCACAGAUGUUUUGAGAACUUUAUUUACAGUGACACAAUCUGAAAUUGAUGGUUAAAUCUGCUUUGGAGGCAUGCUCAGUCCCAAAUUUUAGUAUUUUUUUUAGGCUGACCAGCCUGAACAGUUAAUAUAUCACCCUUUAGCCAAGGGCUCUUGAAAUUCUUCUGCAUGGGCAGCUUGGCUGAUCCUGGCCUUUGUUUAUAUUUUUAUUUUUUUGGGGGGGAGGGGGGAGAAACGAACCUUCAAAUUGUACUGUGAGCAGAUACACAACUGUAUCAUUCAA